UAGGAACGAGGGAGAGAUAUCGAGAGAGACGGGGAGAGGGAGCUGGUUAGAGAAGUCGCUCACCAACACCGCCCCCUCCAUCGUUUCUGUAAUCGAGCGUCGAGCUGCACGAUCUGCACCUCUGCAUUAUGCGCGUUUGGUGUCGGUGGGAAUUCUCGGUAAACACAGCAAAUACUGGCACAGAGCUCCAGCCCCUUCGCAUCCCCCACAAAUAGCUCGUGUGUGCGCGGAGCAGGAGGCGGUCUGUCCUGUUUAUCAAGAAAAUGAUUCGACACGGCUGUGCCGUUUGCUCAGCGCUUAUGGAGGCGAGUCCAGAAACCAUAACGAGCUGAGAGAGGGGGAGACGCCAGAUAUCUUAAUGAACGUCAUAAGUAAGGUUGGGUGGCCAUGGACCCUUUCAGCCAGCUUAUUCUCGUCAUCUCGGUGACCAGCUUCUUCACCUUCCAGUGGCUCUUCCACAGAGUCAGCCCCUGGUUGUCUGUACGCAUCAGUCCUGGCUUCCUUGGCCUCAGCGACAAGCAGAAGGUGGAAUGGAACUCGAGGACAGUAUCAACGUUUCACGCCUUGUUGGUGGGAAUAUUCUGUCUUUACAUUCUGUUUUUUGAUGAUGCAGUCAAUGAAGAUCCAGUUUGGGGAGAUCCUACACUGGUCAAGACAAACGUCGCAAUUACAACAGGCUACCUCAUAUCGGAUUUGCUGCUGAUAUUUUAUUAUUGGAAGGCAAUAGGCGACAAGUUUUUUGUAGUUCAUCAUCUGGCAGCGUUGUAUGCUUACUACUAUGUACUGGGUCAAGGAAUGUUGCCUUAUUUUGCUAACUUCCGCCUGCUAGCUGAGUUUUCUACACCGUGUGUAAACCAGCGCUGGUUCUUUGAGGUGUUGGGUUAUCCCAAGUCCUCCCGGCCCAACAUGGCAAAUGGCGUUGCCAUGGCAGUGGUGUUUUUCCUCGUCCGCAUCGGUGUCAUGCCAGUCUACUACAGUCGCAUGUAUGCGGUCUAUGGCACUGAGGCCUUCUACCUGGUGCCAUGGGGUGGUCGUGUAGCCUGGAUCUGCUCCAGCAUCUGCUUGGACAUUAUGAACAUAAUGUGGAUGCAUAAGAUCGCCCGUGGAUGUUACAAGGUCCUACGAUCAGCACACCGGAGCAAAGCUGGCACACCUCAGGAAAACGGCAAGACUGAUUAAGGGAACCAGGUGUCACUGGUGAGAACAUGCCACAGCAGAAACACUGACAACACUAUGUGCAGUGGCUCGUAGCAAGUUGGACCCUGGCAUGCAAGGCUGCUUCAUUAGCAGCCUACCUGGGACUUGAGAUUACAGGACCACACGCAGUGAGGGAACUUGAAAGCAGGCACAGUGACCGAGAUGUACCAAUGGACCAUUUAAAAUGGCCAUCCCAAAGCCAUGAAAUGACCUCUUAGCAAUACUGUGUGCAUGGCCAAUUAUUUUUCUUGUGAACAAUUUACCAGAAGAGGUCAUCCCGGGACAAAGCGGCUGUUAGCCCAACGACAAAUUGUCAAAAAGUUUACCAUUCUUUACGAACUUCGUGAUCAACAAAAGACUUUUGUAUUAAUGCUGCUGUCUGAGUCGCAGAAUGAAAAUGAUGAAAUAGAAGGUGUUGGUGAGGUAAAUAUGUGAGGAAACCUCCAAAGCAUUUUGUGAAUCCACAUUGAUGGUCAGUGUCGUAAAAUCCUUGUUAGAUGCCAUUUGAGGGAUAUUUGAUUAAGAAAUAAUCAAAUUCCAUCAAGUGCAGUCUCAGAAGAAUUUGUGAUUUACUUUUUAUAAUUAAAUCAAUUUUUUUUUAAUCACUCAACCCCUUGUAAUUUAAUUUUUUAAACCUUUAUUUAACCAGGAAGUGAAAUUCCAGAGAGUGAGAUGUUCUUUUGUGAGUGCCAAAAUGUGCAGAUACAAACCAGCAUUUAAAGUCUAUCAGAAUAACAGAAGUCAUAUAUGUUCAUUUUAAACGUAGGGUUGAAGACGAAUCGGUACAUAUAUGCAUUUUCUUACUUUUGUUUUGCUGGAGUCGAAGUACAUAGGGUUUUAAAGAUACAUAGGAUAUUAAUUAACUGGUAUUAUUUAAAAGGAGAUGUGCAGAGUACCUUAGAAAUACUAAAAGGGAAAGUGAAUGUUACUGGUGGUGUCUGUACAAUAAGAAAUUCAAGCGCAUCAUCAGAUGUUAAUCCAGCCAAGUUAUGUAUACAAACUGAUCACUUUGCUUUUAAAAAGUGUGUUGCUGAAGUGUUUUAUUCCACAUUUUCUUAGUUUUACAUUAUGAAAUGAAUGUAGAGAGGUGAAACUCAACUGAGUCAGGGCCCAUAGACAAAUAUGACAAAUUCAACAAAACCCAGAUUUUCACAGAAUGUUUUAACGCUUUAGUUGACCUGACAUUUAAUGUUUGUUUGCCCUUCCGAGUGUUACUUGUUGGCUUUUUUGUUUUUGCCGCAAACUUAAUUCUAUACUUUUCUAGCUGUUGCCAGUCCUGCAGUGUACAAUUUUAGCUGGCACGUUGAAACAAAACAUCAAAAAUAGACACUGAAUAAUCUUGAAUCGAUGGCAGCGAAAUACUUCAAAAGUUGAGACACGAAGAGCAAAAGUCUUGUAACAGCAUAACACAAUAAUUUUCAGUUUCAGCGUUUUUGUUUAGAUUUUAUUCACCCAGGAAGAUACAAAUCCUUUACAUAUAGGAGACGUUUAAGAUCUUUUUUUUUAACUUUUCUUUUUUAAACAGAGCCGUAGUUUAACGUAAAGUCAAUGACAAUCAGUAUUUCAGGUGGCUAAAUUUUUGUGUUAAUGGUAAUAGCUUUUGUGUCAUGUAUGACUUUCAAUUCACUCCUAAGGGUCCCAUACAUGGUGUUGUGGGUCCUGUUUAUUGGAUCGCUACAAGGAUUUUUCACUCAAGUGGACAUACAUGGAAAGAUUUGAACAAUGUGUUUUGUUUGUUUUUAACAUUAUUCUACUUAAACACGUUUAUGUUAAUCAUACAAUACAGAACUUGGGAAUCUUUCGGUAAAUUGGCAAAGGUCAACUGCUCAGUUUAAGUCAUAGCAGUUCACUGAAGAUUUGUGGUAUCUACUUGAAUAUUUGUUGCACCUUUUACAUGAGCUAUACAUCAAACACUUCUGUCAUGUUUUAUGUCACAGAAACAGGGAAUGUUAGUUUUAAAGUCUGCCUUUUUAUGCUCGGCAUUUGAUUUUGUUGCCUUUUUAAAAUAACAUGAUUGCACAGUGAAGACUUUGUUACACCCAGCUGACACCGCUGGGAAAAAACUUUGCUUUUCAGUGAUUUUUACUUGUGUUUUCCUUUACCAACGUCUGUCUAAUGUGAUUGUUUUUUGGCAUUUGUUAUAUAGUGUCAAAUGACAGAUUGAGAGGUUUGUUAAGGCUGGUUGUUUGUGUGCUUUUUUUUUUGUUGUUGUUGAUCUAUUUGUGCCAGUGCUUAAACCAUUGCUACUCCAUGGUAAAUGCAUAUGUUCACCAUGAGGUUACAAUGUUUAUUUGUCCAUUUUCCCUCAAAAUGUUUUGUAUACAGUUGUGCCAAUUUGCAACCAUGGUUCAGAUUGAUUCUAUUUACAUUACCAUGUCUGCAUGCUGUGGCUGGUUGCAGAGUGGCAAGGCCCGGUUUGGUUUGUCCUGUUGUGAUGGAAUGAGAUUAUUUUAAUGUGCUAAAUUUUUUUGGCAAACUAUUGUCGGACGUCAUCAUCUCUGCAGGUGAAUAUCACUACCAUAAAAAUGAGGAGGGGUUGUCAUUUGAUGUUUCACUGAAAUUGGAUGGAAAUAAUACAUUAUUAUUUGGAUGGCAGGCCACAAGCUCAUGCAUGAUCAAUAAGGUCUUCUUCAGGCAUCUUCUAUAACUGCAUGUGGAAUUGCAUGGGGAUUGCACUGUAAGCAAAUAUACAUUUGCAAGUUUUUGUUUUUUAUUUCUUUUUUGUUAGUACAUGUACAUAAUGUUUACUUAAAUGUUAUUCUUGUACUGUGCCACAUUAGGUAACUCACAGAACCAGAUAUUUAGGAUAAUAUCCAGCACAGAAAUAGCCGGAAAGGGAAUACUUGAAUACUAAUCCUCACAGUUUAUAACAGUUUGGGCAGUGCAAAUAAACAUUAAUCUUAUGAGCAACAUGAAUUGUAUGUGGACAGUUGUCUUUAAUUUAUUAAUAUGAACGAAGGAGACGUUGCAGUGACCGAGAGAGCCUGGUGCUGCUGCGAGUUAUUUUAAACUGUGUUGACGUUUCUUUUCAAUGUUUGGAGGAGAUGUGAGUAGAUGGAGUGUGUGGUGACAUUCUGUGGAUGUGCUGGAGAUUAGAAAUAUGUCAUUUACAUUAUUCUUUCUCAACAAUAAAUGCCAAAUUAACUCA